AAUACCCCUCGUUGCGCGCCUUAAGUAUUAUUAUUUAUUAUUCCCGAACCAUUCAACCAGUUUCUUAUUAAUAGUUUCCAUUCGCAUUGUUCUUCAUUCCACCAGACGAGUUGCCACAUCUUGCAACUGCACUUGAACCUACGUCCCAUCAUCCCUUACGACCUUGUAUCGAUCGAGCCCAGGACUCUCUACUUCCAGUCAUGUUUCCCCUACACGUCAGCCUCCCAGUUUAUAUGCUCUCGUGCGUCGUCCUUCUGGGCGGCUUCUCUCGCUUCACGCACGGCAAGUAUACGCCAGGAUGGUACGCAUUUCAGGAGUAUCAUUCGCCAGACGACGGCUCGACCAUUGCAACUAUCACACCCAUCAUCGACACGGUGAUGGGAUUGAUGCUGGUUUUCGGGAACCGGGCAGUCAAGCUGUCUGCUGCAGCAAUCAGUCUCUCAUUUUUCACCAUGGGCCUGCUUAUACAACUACAGGCGGGGAAAGAGUAUUGGGGCGACGUAGCGUUGGUGGGUUUGGGGGCCGUUACGGUUGCAGUGUUGCUUCGUAGGUGAUCAUAUGGCGAAAUCUGGGCUGCAACAGAUCAAGAUAGGAACUAGUUAUGGAAAUCCAUCAGGGAAUGAAAUCUAUGUGUCGCGAUUAUUCUCCUUCACACACAAGAUACUAGGUAUACAAUUAUGAUAUGUGGGGUUAUACAUACAGUACAAGCCAUCAGAUAUUCUAGUCGGUAUAGAUAGCAGUUGGUAUUGAACUAUGCAGUUCUUUCAUAUAUGAAUUAAUUAGCUUAGUAUUUUCCCUGGGGAGGGAGAAGAAGUGAUCGGCUCGGGGGUUCAAUGAUGCUAUGUAUGUAUGUACAUACAAGCAUAAGGGAUCAGCUGGGAAGAAACGGCCCAGCUAUCCUAAUAAUAGAGAUCUUUAGAGAAAAUAUAAAAAGUAAGAAAGAAAUACGGGUAGUUGGAGCAGCGAGGGCCAGUU